GCUUGCUCGCUCUUCAUCGCAACGUCGUGCUCGCCUCUAUCCUUGUGUCUUGUUCUGCCUCAUACCCUGCAUAUACACCCUAGACUAUAGACUAGACACUGUCUCUGCUGAACUGUGCACCGAACUGUGCGCAUCACAGAAGCGAACCACCCAGUGACGGACCCAGCCUACCCCGCAUCCAACACCAAGUGAUAAUGGCAGCCCCCGAGUUCAGCCAGGAGCAGCUGGACGAGAUCUACGCCUUCGCGGUGGAUCUCGGGCGCAAGGCCGGCCAGCUGCUGCUCGAGAGCGUCGAGAAGCGGCUCGAUGGCGGAAGCCAAACGAUUGAGGAGAAAGACAGCGCGGUGGACAUUGUGACUCAGACGGACGAAGACGUCGAAGCAUUCAUCAAGAGCUCCAUCCACGAUCGAUACCCCGCACACAAAUUCCUCGGCGAAGAAUCAUACGCCAAGGGCCAGUCCCGCGAGUACCUGAUCGACGAGCAGCCGACAUGGUGUAUCGACCCUCUUGACGGAACCGUCAAUUUCACGCACAUCUUCCCUAUGUUCUGCGUCUCGAUCGGCUUCAUCGUCAAGCACCGCCCGGUCAUCGGCGUCAUCUACGCCCCCUUCCAGGACCAGCUGUUCUCCUCGUGCGUCAACCGCGGCGCCUGGCUGAACGAGAAGCGCCGCCUGCCGCUCAUCCACAAGCCGUCCAUCCCGCCCAUGCCCCCCACCGCCCCCGGCAAGUGCAUCCUCUCCUGCGAGUGGGGCAAGGACCGCCGCGACAUCCCCGACGGCAACAUGUACCGCAAGAUCGAGAGCUUCCUGAACCUGGCGGCCGAGACGGGCAGCCGCGGCGGCAAGGGCGGCAUGGUGCACGGCGUGCGCAGUCUGGGCAGCGCCACCCUCGAUCUCGCCUACACGGCCAUGGGGUCGUUUGAUAUCUGGUGGGAGGGCGGGUGUUGGGAGUGGGAUGUCGCUGCGGGCAUUGCCAUUCUUCUUGAGGCAGGUGGGUUGGUCACGACGGCUAAUCCCCCCGAGAACCCGGAGACGGAUCCUAUCGAGGAGUAUAAGUUGGGAAGUCGGUUGUAUCUUGGUAUUAGCAGACCCGCUGGACCGUCCGAGACCGAGACUGGACGUCAGUCGCAAGAGCGCACGGUGCGCGAAGUAUGGAAGCGCGUGCGGCAGUUGGACUUCUCCCGCCCGGGGGCCUAA